AUGAACCUCGCCACGUGGGACUCGGUCCACGGGCUGAACGGCAGCCUGAAGGAGAGCCGCAUAGAGAAUGGCAUGCUGGGAGUCACCGUCAGAGUGGUCACCCUGCUGGAGGACCCCUUCGUCAUGGUGGCUGAGAACAUCCUGGGUCAGCCUAAGAUGUACAAAGGCUUCUCCAUCGACGUGCUGGACGCGCUCGCCAAGGUCCUGGGCUUCAAAUACGAGAUCUACCAGGUGGCCGACAGUAAAUACGGCUCUCAGCUGCCCAACGGCUCGUGGAACGGAAUGAUCGGUGACCUCAUCCACAAGAGAGCCGACCUGGCGGUGUCGGCCAUCACCAUCACGCCGGAGCGGGAGAACGUGGUGGACUUCAGCAAGCGCUACCUGGACUACAGCGUGGGCAUCCUGCUGCGGAAGCCCGAGGAGAAGAUCAACAUCUUCUCCCUGUUCGCGCCCUUCGACCUCGCCGCCGCCGUCUGGGCCUGCAUCGCCGCCGCCAUCCCCGUGGUGGGCGUGCUCAUCUUCCUGCUCAACAGGCUGCAGGCGCUGCGCUCCGCCCAGAACGCACCGCCGGGCCACACCCCCACCGGGGGGGCGGGCUCCCUGCACAGCGCCGUGUGGAUCGUCUACGGGGCGUUCGUCCACCAAGGGGGGGGGGGCGCGGUGGGCUCCGUGGCCCUGAGGAUCGUGAUGGGCAGCUGGUGGCUCUUCACCCUCAUCGUGUGCUCGUCCUACACGGCCAACCUGGCAGCGUACCUCACCGUGUCACGCAUGGACCACGCCAUCCGCUCCCUCCAGGACCUGGCCCAGCAGCCUGAGGUGGUCUUCGGCACCGUUAGAGACUCGGCGGUCUACGACUUCUUCAGGACCAAAGGGACCAACCGGCUGCAGCCGGACGGGACCUACGCCGCCCUGUGGAGGGGCCUGAGCCGGGGGCGGAGCCACGGCCUGGACCCCCUGGUGGACAGCCCGGCAGAGGGCAUCCUGAAGGCGAAGCGCGGCCCCUACGCCUUCCUGUGGGACCGGGCGGUGCUGGAGUACGCCGCCCUGACGGACGCCGACUGCACCGUCACCGUGUCGGGGGACGCCGGCAGCAGCAAGGGCUACGGGGUCGCCACGCAGCACGGGAGCCCCUACCGGGACCUGCUGUCCCUCAGGAUCCUGGAGCUGCAGGAGAAAGGCGACCUGGACGUCCUGAAGCAGAAGUGGUGGCCGCGCGCCGGCCGCUGUGACCUCAGCAGCCUGGCCGCCUCCCACCCUGACGGGCGCUCCCUGAAGCUGCAGAGCUUCGCCGGCGUGUUCUGCGUCCUCGCCGCCGGCCUGCUGCUCGCCUGCCUGGUGGCGGCGCUGGAGGCGUGGUGGAGCCGCUGGAGCGGCCGGCAGCCCCUAGAGGACAAGGAGGUGAACCUGGAGCAGGUGCACCGCCGUCUGAACAGCCUGCUGGACGAGGACCUGGUCCACACGCAGACCCCGGGGCCCUCUAUCGAGGCCUCUGCGCUGGACAUCGGCAGCAUGCGGCCCAGCCCGGCCUCCCUGAUGAGGGGCCCCCAGUCCAUGUACCCGGGCCUCGCCGUGACCACCUUCCUGCCCGGGGAGGGGGGGCCCCCCCAUGGGGGGACCCGGGGCCCUGGCAGCAGCACGCUGCCCCCGCACCGGCCCCUCAGCAGCAUGCAGUGCAAACACCGGGCCCCCAACGGGGGGCUCUUCAGGCCGAGCCCUGGCCAGACCCCCAUGCCCAUGUCCUACCAGGCAGUCUGCGCAGGACCCACCCCCGGAGCCAUUGACCCCGCCCACAGCACGUCCAUAUAGGGGCGUGGGGGGGGGCAAGUGUACAAAGUGAAG